AAAAUAAAAAUAAAGGUGUUGGGCGUAUUUUAUAAACCUCAAGUUCCAACACCGAAUAGUUCUCAGUUCCAAGAGAGUGAACUCAACUCAACUAUGUCUUCUUCUUCUUCUUCUUCUUCUUCUUCUUCUUCCUUAUGUCUCUCUAUACUCUUUCUAUCUCUACUUCUAUCCAUUCAUGGAGUCACUUCUUCCAAGUCCAAGACAAAGCCCACUACUGCUCCAACUAAGAUAGGCCAAGGUUACCGUUUACUCGCCGUACAAGAAACCCCAGACGGCGCUUUAAUCGGUCAUCUUCAAGUCAAAACAAAGAACGAUGUCUACGGUUCUGAUAUCCCAAAUUUACAGCUCUUCGUUAAGCACGAAACAGAGGACCGUCUGAGAGUUCAUAUCACCGACGCCGAUAAACAAAGAUGGGAAGUUCCGUACGAUCUCUUGCCGAGAGAAAAGCCUCCGGUAUCGAGAAUGACCCUCGGCCGGUCACUGAAAAACCCCAUUACAGUUUCGGAAUAUUCCGGCUCGGAGCUUAUUUUCAGCUUCGUUUCCGACCCAUUUGGUUUCGCCGUCAAAAGAAAAUCCGACGGUCAGGUCCUCUUCAAUACCAGCUCGGAAAAAUCAGACCCAUUUGGCGAUUUAGUGUUCAAAGAUCAGUAUCUCGAGAUUUCAACUAGGUUACCCAAAGAUGCGUCGUUGUACGGACUCGGUGAGAACACGCAGCCCCACGGUAUUAAGCUGUACCCUAACGAUCCGUACACUCUGUACACCACCGAUGCCUCGGCGAUUAAUCUGAAUACCGAUCUGUACGGCUCUCACCCGGUGUACAUGGAUCUCCGGAACGUUGACGGAAAAGCUUACUCUCACGCCGUUCUGUUACUUAACAGUAACGGAAUGGACGUUUUUUACAGAGGAAAUUCUUUGACUUAUAAGGUUAUUGGGGGUGUUUUCGACUUUUACUUCUUUUCUGGGCCGUCUCCUCUUAACGUCGUUGAUCAGUACACGUCAUUUAUCGGCCGUCCGGCUCCUAUGCCUUACUGGUCUCUUGGAUUUCACCAAUGCAGAUGGGGAUACCACAAUCUAUCAGUAGUUGAAGAAGUUGUUGAGAGUUACAAAAAGGCUCAAAUCCCACUUGAUGUGAUUUGGAACGAUGAUGAUCACAUGGAUGGACACAAAGAUUUCACCCUUAACCCCAACAACUAUCCUCGUCCAAAGCUCUUGGCUUUCCUAGACAAAAUCCACAGCAUUGGCAUGAAGUACAUUGUCAUUAUUGAUCCUGGAAUCGCUGUCAACUCGAGUUAUGGUGUGUACCAACGAGGCCUUGCUAACGACGUAUUCAUCAAGUAUGACAAUGAGCCUUAUCUAGCUCAAGUUUGGCCCGGUGCUGUCAACUUCCCUGACUUCCUCAACCCAAAAACUGUCUCGUGGUGGGGUGAUGAGAUUCGUCGUUUCCAUGAACUUGUCCCAGUGGACGGCCUAUGGAUUGACAUGAAUGAAGCCUCGAAUUUUUGCUCGGGAAAAUGUAAAAUGCCAAAGGGCCAGUGUCCUACUGGCACCGGCCCUGGCUGGAUAUGUUGCUUGGAGUGCAAGAACAUAACCAACACAAGAUGGGAUGAUCCACCUUACAAGAUCAACGCCUCGGGUUUGCAAGUUCCCAUUGGAUUCAAAACCAUUGCCACUAGUGCAGUUCACUACAAUGGAGUAAUGGAAUACGAUGCUCACAGUCUCUAUGGUUUCUCUCAAUCAGUUGCUACUCAUUCAGCUCUUCAAGGCCUUCAAGGGAAAAGACCCUUCAUAUUGUCACGCUCAACCUAUGUCGGUUCGGGCAAAUAUGCUGCUCAUUGGACUGGAGAUAACCAAGGCACAUGGGAAAAUUUGAGGUACUCAAUAUCAACCAUGCUCAACUUUGGAAUCUUUGGUGUUCCAAUGGUUGGUGCUGAUAUUUGCGGGUUUUACCCUCAACCAACCGAAGAACUCUGCAACCGUUGGAUUGAGGUUGGAGCUUUCUACCCUUUUUCAAGAGACCAUGCUAAUUACUACUCACCAAGACAAGAACUUUACCAAUGGGACUCUGUAGCUCAAUCAGCAAGAAAUGCUUUGGGGAUGAGAUAUAAGCUUCUUCCUUAUCUUUACACAUUGACAUAUGAAGCUCAUACAAGUGGUGCCCCAAUUGCAAGACCACUUUUUUUCUCUUUCCCAACAUACACAGAGUGUUAUGGAUUGAGUACUCAGUUCUUGCUAGGAAGUGGUUUAAUGGUAUCACCAGUUCUAGAACAGGGUAAGUCAAAGGUCAAAGCUUUAUUCCCUCCUGGUUCAUGGUACAGCUUAUUUGAUAUGACACAAACCAUUGUAUCUAAAGGUGGAAAAUAUGUUACUCUUGAUGCACCAUUACAUGUUGUCAAUGUUCAUUUGUAUCAAAACACAAUUCUACCAAUGCAACAAGGUGGAAUGAUUUCAAAGGAAGCUAGGAAAACACCUUUCACACUUGUUGUAACUUUCCCAGCUGGGGAAAGUGAUGGAAAAGCUGAGGGAAAACUUUUCCUUGAUGAUGAUGAACUUCCUGAGAUGAAACUUGGGAAUGGUCAAUCUAGUUAUGUUGAUUUCUAUGCUAGUGUGAGUAAAGGGUAUGUUAAAAUUUGGUCAGAAGUUCAAGAGGGUAAGUUUGCUUUGGAUAAUGGUUGGAUUGUUGGGAAAGUAAGUGUGUUGGGAUUAGGAGGAGGUGGCGCUUCGGCGGUUGAGAUUGACGGUAAGGCCGUUACCCCCGGUUCUUCUAGUGUGGAGAUGACUUUAUCAGAUCAAGUUCAUGUCCAAGGUGAAGAUGAGGAUGAAAAUGGAGAAGGGAAGAGCAAGAGUGUGAUGGUUGAAGUUAAUGGGUUGUCAUUGCUUGUAGGGAAAAACUUUGCACUCUCUUGGAAAAUGGGUGUCUCAAGUUAAAAAAGUAGAAGAAAUUUGCCUAGGUCCUUUGAUAAUUUGUGUCAUCAUUUUCAGAUUAAUUGAUGUCUUCUUUUUAAUGUUGUUGUUAUGAAGUUUAAUGUAUGUUUAUUGUUGGAGAGGAGAUGUUCUAAAAUCAUGUUCAUCCUUUUCCAAGCAAAAAGAGUUAAGGAGAGAUUUAAUUCGUGCUCCUUUAGAAGAGAGAGGCAGCUAGGCUUUUAUCAUUUGUGUUGAUGUUGUAGUGUACUUCAAAUAUGAAAUAAUGCACUUUUUUUUUUCAAGUUGAAA